GACAUUAAUGCCGGCAUAAUUACUUUUCAGAAUAAUAGAAAAUUGUUCAAGUAGAAAAAAUUAUAUCCAUAUUGUACCGUUUACUAUAGCGUGGCACGUGCCAAGAGAAUGCGUCUGUCAUCAGAUUAUUUUUACAUUUCGAGAUUUUAUCGUCUGCUGCGUGUUGGACCAAUCGGAAGCGCGUGCUCAAUGACUCGUGAAUGUAAAGCGCGCUGUGAUUGGCUGAGAGUAUCGACAUCUGUUCACGGGACCGUUAUGUUUACAUUCCGAUACAGCCACGCGCAUCAGGGCAUAAAUACGUGGGAAUUUGACUUUUUGGAUCAUACUCGGAAUACCGAUACACGAAGAAACAUUCCUACAUUACGGAAAAAUAACUUUGGAAUUAUUUCUGUUAUAUUUUUCAUGGAUAAAUCUAAAAUGUGCGACACAAAAGUUUCACCAGUGCGACCAGACACUUCGUCUUCUUAUCUUAGAAAGAUAAAGAAGCCGCUAAUUGAAAGAAAGCGAAGAGAAAGAAUCAACAACUGUCUGUCUCAGCUGAAAUCGAUCCUAUUGGAAAACAUAAAACAAAAUGGAGGUACUCAGGUGUCAAAACUCGACAAAGCAGAUAUCUUAGAGAUGACAGUGAGCCAUCUACGUCAGAUUCACCACCAACAGUUGUCGGCUGCUAUGGCUGCCAGCACGAGCGUUGUUCAGAGGUACCGUGAGGGUUACAUGGAGUGCGCAACCGAGGCUGUACGUUAUAUGGAAACAUCAAGAGCAUAUCCGAAUGACAUGGUAUUGCGCGUGCGUACGAAUCUCGCGCAUAAAAUGGGAUAUUCUCAUUCACAGCCUUUGAGCAGUGAAUCUUACCGAAAUGACUACAGUACCGUGAAUGACUUGAGUGUUUUAAGUGACAUUAGUGCUACAAGCACGCCUGUGAAGGUCAAGGUCGAAUCACCAAAUUCGAGUGCUAUUUCUACGGACAGUGGUUUUUACAGUGCAUUUUCACCAUUAUUAAUGCAAGUACCACGUGUUAAACAGGAGCGUGACAUCUCAACAACUUCACAUUGUUUAAGUGACAGCUCCGAUGAGUCUGUACAUGAACAUGAUGACGACAACGACAAACCAAGUUCUUCGCAAUCAACUAAACCAUCCACUAGUUCUAAACUGUCACUUCCGGUGAGAGUUCCGGUUAGUGUAGGCGAUUCACCAUCUCAGAAACAAGUCUGGAGACCAUUCUAAUAUGGUUAUAAUAAAGUAACUUUUAAUGUUAUGUGUUUACACGAAAAAUGCUCAAACUAAAUGUGUUCAAUAUGCCGUAUUGUGAUAUUUUGAUAUUGUGUUGUGAAAUGUGAAAUAAAAAAAAUAUGUUAAACUA